AUGGAAACUAGCGCCGAGGUGUACGAAUGGACUAGGGAUUUUUUGAAUACGAAAAAUCCACUCGUAUCUUCCUGCCAUCACGAUCACAAACAAGAAAUAGAUUUGUACAACAAGCCAUUUGAGGCCAAAAUCGAGGCAGCUCAAUACUUCAGGAACAAGGGCAAUGAGUUAUAUAAAACAAAUGAUUUUAAGAACGCCGCCGCGACGUAUACAAAAGGCUUGCUACAGCUAGAUUACACUUUCCCUAAAACAGACCAAGAAAUUGAAAUUUUUGAUAAAUUGAGAGGAGAGCUUAAUGCCAACGCUGCAAUGACUGCUAUAAAGAUGGAAUCCUAUCAAUCAGCAUUACAUCAUUGUAAUCAGGUAUUAUGUGACAAUCCAAACAAUGUGAAAGUGUUGUACCGAAAGGGGAUUGCAUUAUCAAAAUUAAAUAGACAAAAGGAAGCCAAGGAGAUACUCACAAACGCUUUAAAAAUAGAUCCAGAAAAUUCAGCAAUUAGACACACAUUGAGUGGGUUGAAUAAAUUUUAG